CGCAGCCCCUGCAAAGCCCAGGCUGCGUGAGUGUCAACUCCCCUCUGUCGAGCUGUCACUUGACAGCAGCGGUCCACAUGAACGCGAGUGCAGCGCAGGGAUUGAAAUCGCCUGUCGACUUUACGUGAAAGACGUUGCCUUCGUUGCGUUCUCUGCGACAUUAAAGGACGACAGCUUUGGCAUCUCCGCGGACGGAGUACGAAAUCGCAGGACGAAGGUUUUGGCCGCUAAUGCUAGUAGCUAGCCAGCUAGCUUGCGGACUGAUAGCAGGUGUACGGCGGCAGCCCGCUGGUGCGUUUAUCUGGCCGGCGAAGGUCGGAUGAGCUAACGUUAGCUGGCGGUCAAAAGUAUCCUGUGAGUGCUUCGGCACAAUUAAACUGUCCAUUCGGUCGUUUUCUCGAGACAACGCGAACACUUCCGAUGUCGUUUUAUGCCGUGUUGUCCAGUAUUCCACGCCUUUACGCUUCUAUCGAGUUAACCUAUAUGGUUGCUAACUAGCAUGCUGCCGCUAUGCUAAUGCCAGCUCAGUGAGGCUUCACGUCGUCGCAGGGUUGCGGAGUUCCACGGGCGAGCCGAGAGGGGGGAGAGGCGUGCUCGAGAAUGCACACAGAUGGACAUGGUGGACUGUCAGGCGUAGGAGAACAAGAAUAUUAGCUUCAACAUCGCACUUACCCCCGCCCCCCAUUAGUCCUUGUUGAGAUUGGUCCAUAUGGUUAUAGACAGGCUGUGGUGGAUAUUAGAUGAAGAAAGGGAUUAGGACAUUUUGACUAGAGAGUUGACUAAAUGAAUAGCACUGUUAUCCACUGAGUCGUGAGUUGGUGGCCACUGUGCCAGUCAAGGGAAGAAAUUCAGAAGAUUAACCCCCGGACUACGUUACUGAAAACCAGCUUGCAAAACGAUGGCUUCGGCGAGUAGUAUUGCUACAGCCAUUGCUAGCAAAACCAAGACUAAAAAGAAGCACUUCGUUGCCCAGAAAGUGAAGCUCUUCCGUUCCAGUGAUCCUCAACUCAGCGUGGUUAUGUGGGGAGUCAACCAUUCGAUAAAUGAGUUAAGCCAUGUUCAGAUUCCCAUCAUGCUCAUGCCAGAUGACUUCAAGGCGUAUUCCAAGAUAAAAGUGGACAACCAUCUAUUCAAUAAAGAAAACAUGCCUAGCCAUUUCAAGUUCAAGGAGUACUGCCCCCUGGUGUUUCGAAACCUCAGGGAGAGGUUUGGCAUUGAUGACCAAGAUUUCUUGAACUCUCUGACUCGUAGUGCGCCCUUGAAUAGUGAGGCCCAAGGACGGAGUGGGGCUCGUUUCCAUACAUCUUACGACAAGCGUUAUGUCAUCAAGACCAUCAGCAGUGAAGAUGUUGCGGAAAUGCACAACAUUCUAAAGAAAUACCAUCAGUUUAUCGUGGAAUGCCAUGGCAAUACACUGCUGCCCCAGUUUUUGGGGAUGUACCGGCUCACCGUGGACGGGGAUGCAACUUAUAUGAUUGUGACACGCAACGUCUUCUCGCACCGCCUUUCUGUCUUCAAAAAAUAUGAUCUCAAGGGUUCCACUGUUGCGCGAGAGGCCAGUGACAAGGAGAAGCAACCGCCCCCACCAGAGGAUGUGCCCCUGCGGCCCAAAUCUGGUAACGUUCAGCAAAGGCUGCAAACACUGCGGAUCGCUACGCGCUUUUACUGCGCCAUGAAACACGUAAGAGAUGCUAAGGAGCUGCCUACCUACAAGGACAACGACUUCAUCAAUGACGGCCAGAAGAUCUGCAUCAACGACGACAACAAGAAAAUGUUUUUGGAGAAGCUUCGGAAAGAUGUGGAGUUCCUGGCACAGCUAAAGCUCAUGGACUACAGUCUGUUGGUGGGGAUCCACGAUGUGGAACGUGCGGAGCAGGAAGAGGUGGAGAGCGAGGACAACGAGGCUGAGGAGGAAGGCGUCGAGAGCGACGGAGGGGCUGUCGGGACCCCUCCUGACAGUCCUAGCAACACCCUGGACAGCACUAAGCCUCUGUCGCCAGGAGAGUUUGACCCCACUAUUGACGUCUAUGCCAUCAAAAGCAGCGAAAAUGCUCCGAGAAAAGAAGUUUACUUUAUGGCCAUCAUUGACAUCCUGCAACAUUACGAUGCCAAGAAGAAAGCCGCCCAUGCCGCAAAGACAGUCAAACAUGGCGCAGGAGCUGAAAUUUCAACGGUGAAUCCCGAGCAGUACUCCAAGAGGUUUCAUGAUUUCAUCACCACUAUUCUGUCAUAGCCCCCACAAAUGCUGAGGCUCACAAAGGGGGAGGGGGGGGCGCAGUGAGUCAUAGGGUCUCCUCUCCCUGUUUGGCCUUCAUCUUGCAGUUGGGUGCCAGACCCUGCAGCAGCUAAAACAUUGUUCGUUUACAUUGAACUUCUCCUUUAAGUUUUGCUCGGGUUUCUUAGGACGAGACGGUUGUCAAAAGUGUUUUUGUUUUCUUAAUGUGUGUUUAGUCCUCUUGUCUUGUCAUUUUGGUCAAAAUGCAGCUCUUCUAUUGCUUCUCACAGCUGAUCGUUUCGCCAUUUAUGUCAGACUCUCCCUUAUAUAGACCGGGGUUGGGAUGUCACUUGUGGUGUGGGUGGGAGGUGAAAUACAGCAAAGAGCUCAGGUAAGAGCCGAUUUUGCAUAAUGUGAAGUCUUCUGCUCUGCUUUAGAGAGUAGAAAACACGUCUUCCAGUAGGUAUUGAGCAAAAACAACCUGCAGCACACCACCCCUACAUCCCCCCCUGAUUCCCACAUUCUUGGUUUAGUCCAUUGACGCUCUUUCUGCUUGCUCCUGCCAUACAUCGAUACAGCUGUGCUUUCUCUUGUCCGUUAAGCUGUGACGCGGACAAUACGUGUGACGAAGGGAAGUAUCGUAAAAAUCAUUUCUGGGGUCGCGUUUUUUUCGGGAGUCAGCAGCAGCCAUGAACAGGCUUUUGCCAUCAGCACCUUAUGUUUAAAAAAAUGAAUUAUUGCACUUUUUUUGUCAUUACAGUCCAUAAAAACAUUUGACUUUUUAUUACAUUUGUUACAAUUAAGUGGAAUCCUAUGACUGAUGUGUGGGAAAGCUGCAGGGACUUACCUCCAUUUGGAGACCAACCAGCAAAGUAUUAGAAUGGGAUAAAGGGUAGCAAACGUAACUUUGCCUUGCCGUGAUCGUCGAAACCCUAUCGCUGCCUCGCACUUUCAGAAGCAGAAAAACCUAGAAUCCUCCGAUUCCCAUUCAGAUGCAUGUUUUUAUGUCCCCAAAAAUAGAACAUUCAAGUCGAACUAUUAAGUGGGUUCGCAAUGAAGACGCAAAAUUGUCUUAUAGAUUGGCACGGCACUUUUCAUGCUCUUGUCAUUUGUGCAACAUAGUUAACAAUUUCAAUAUUAGUUAACAUCACGUGGGGAUACUGCCGUGAAGUCGGCCCACCAUCAGACGCAAAUUUAUAUAAAAAUGUCGAUCGUUUGUGGUACGUUUGUGCGUCUAUCGUUUUUAAGAUAUUGAGAUUGAGGAGCAGCUAUCGAUUAUUUUAGUAGUCACUUAAUCGAUGAACUAGUUAGUUCGAAUAAUCAAGUAAUCGGAUAAGGAAAAUUUAAAAAAUUAAAUAGUUGAGCUCAGCCUCAAACAGUAUAUAAAAAUAAUGAGGAUCUCAGUACCACAAAAGAACAAUUGGCUAACUUGCAUAGCAAAAGUCUGCUAGCUUAAUUGCUAUAAAAUGCUAACUUUUUUUUUCUCAAUGCUCUCAUCAAAUGCUUCAAACACAUUACCUCAAAAAAAACGGCUAAAUACACCUAUAAACUAAAUUACAAAUGCAUUAAAAAACAAAAACUGGGCUUAUGUUGGUCUUAACAGGGAGCAGGUGGAUUCAGCCAUGUGAAAUGAGUUAUGUCAUAUUCACUGCUGCCACUAGAGGCCAGUGUAUCCACCCAAAUCAAUAAAACUAAAUGAAAACACUUUCAAAACAAACCAUUGCAACGCCACUUAAACGAAUACUCGAAGCAGCAAAAUUUAAUUUGAAUCUUUUUUGUUUAAUGGAAUUACUCGAGUUAAUCUUUGCAGCACUAAUUGAGAUAUUAAUUUCGAGUAAUGACGUCACACGCCCCCCCCCCCAUUUAUUGCAUAAUAGACCCGAAAUGUUGCCAUUCAUUUAUGCUACAUUUGUGAUCGUUUGUACUGUAAAAAAAAUCAUUUGUGCUGCUAUUGUUUUAUAGAUAUUGAGAUGCUAACUUCGAGUGCUGACGUCCAUCCCAGCCCUUCCGUCGCGGCUGACUGAGCGUACCAACUCUCUCAUUCAGACAGGGGUGUCCCGACAACUAGCGCAAACGUAGCACAAACGUCGCUGCGAAUUACAUCACUCGAAAUUGAUAUCUCGAGCCCCACAUUUACUACAAAAUGGACCUGAAGUGGUGCCGUUUAUUUGUGCUACGUUUGUGCUAGUUGUUGGGACACCACUGUUAUUGAGAGAGUUGGUACGCUCCGUGAACCGCGUUCAAAUAUCUGUAAAAAGAUGGCACAAACUUUGCGAAAACAAAUGGCACAAUUUCAGGUCUAUUUUGCAAUAAAUGGGGGGAUGCGUGACGUCAUCACUUGGAAUUAAUAUAUCACAAAAACGAUAGCAGCAGAAAUAAAACUUUUUACAGCACAAACGUAGCACAAACGAUUGACACCAUUUUAGCCAUUUUUAAUCAAAAUGGGGGGCUGGUUGCCCUCAUUCAUUCAUAAAAGAAUUGUAAAUAUCUCAAAAACGAUAGCAGCAUGAAAGAAAGUUUUUUUUUAGCAGAACACAGCACAAACGAAUUACAUUAUUUUCAUAUAAAUCUGCGUGUGAUGAGGGACAGCUUCACGGUCAUGGGGAUCACAAAGAAAAAUAAUCUCUAUACAGAGCCCCUAAAGCAGUGGUGUCCAAACUAUUCCACAUAGGGCCGCAGUGGGUGCGGGUUUUUGUUCAAACCCAUCAUGAGGACAACCUUUCACCAUCUGGUGUCCCACAAGUGUAAUCAGUUGAUUGCAGCCAGGUGCUGCUUGUUUUAGCACAAACUUCAUUGGUUAAACUGUCUGUGCUCGAUUGGUAGGAACAAAAACCAGCACCCACAGCGGCCCUUGAGGACAGGUUUGGACACCCAUGCCCUAAAGGGACAUCGACAGAAGUAAAAUUUAAGCAAUCUGGUGCGCACCAGAAAUCCGCCAUCUGAUAAACAUAAACAUUUUAUAGCAUUUAAGCUAGCGAGUUUUUGCUCUGCAAGUGAGCCAAUUGUUGUAAGCAUUAGCAUUAUGUUUAGUUGACUUUUGCUAUGGAAGUUAGCCAAUUGUUGCAAUUGGCUAACUUGCAUAGCAAAGGUCAGUUAGCUUAAAUGCUAUAUAAUGCUAAUGUUUACAAUAAUUGGCUAACUUGCAUAGCAAAAGUCCGCAAGAUUAAAUGCUAUAUAAUGUAGGUUGACCAUAUUUUGAUUUCCUAAAAAGGGACACUUGGCCCGGCCUCGAGAUACUUGAAUUUUACUCGAAUGUAUAUCAUUUUAAUAUAUUUAAAGUGUGCCUCCUCCGUCUGGAUAGAAAAUUUGUUUUAUUAAGAAAAAAUUAUAACCAUGAACUGUAGUGUAUAACCAAAUUUGUAUCCAAAGAAGAAUAAAGGUAUUUUUGACUUAAUUACUCUUUUGGGUAAAUGAGCAUUUGAUAAUAUAUGUAUUGAUUGUAAUAAAAGUCAAAAACUGGGCAGUGGACAGGCUCUCUGGGAACAUGUCACACGCAACACAGUAGUGUUGUAUUCUGUGCAAAGCGGCAGUGAAUUUCAACACAAGCUAAUUGGUCAGGUAAAAAAUAAUGAAAGCCGGACAUUUUCAUGAAUUUAUAAAACCCCGCCUGACAUACCGUACAGAAUAUAAAAAGUGGAUAUGUCCAGGGUUACACUAAUAUAAUGCUGAUGUUAAACAACCAUUGGCUAACUUGCAUAGCAAAAGUCCGCUAGCUUAAGUGCUAUAUAAUGCUAAUGUUUACCAGACAUUGCGCACCACAUUACUUUUAUAUAUAUUUUAUUUCUGUCGAUGUCCCUUUAGGGGCUCAUUAUUCUCCUCAUUGCUGCUUUUUGUGAGCUGCAUCCAGAAGACAAAAAGAUUACUGCAAUAUUUGACACUUUUUGUUUACAGAGCACCUUUAAAUGGAGUCACAUUGAGCAUUUACACUGCUGGCCAAAGGUAUUGGCACCCCUGCAAUUUUGUCAUAAUGCUCAAUUUCUUCCAGAAAAAUGAUCGCAAUUAAAAAUGCUUUGGUAGUAAUAUCUUCAUUUGAUUUUUAUGCAAUGAAAAAACAAAAAAGAGAAUAGAAAAAAAAAUCAUUAUCAUUGUACACAAAACUCCAAAAAUGGGCCAGACAAAAGUAUUGGCACCCUCAGCCUAAUUCUUGAUACCAAAACCUUUAGACAAAAUAACUGCGAACAAUACCUUCCGGUAUCCAUCAAUGAGUUUCUUACGAUGCUCUGCUGGACUUUUAGACCAUUCGUCUUUGGCCAACUCCUCCAGGUCUCUGCGAUUUGAAGGGUGCCUUCUCCAAACUGCCAUUUUCAGAUCUCUCAACAGGUGUUCUAUGGGAUUCAUGUCUGGCCACUUUAGAAGUCUCCAGUGCUUUCUCUUGAACCAUUUUCUAGUGCUUUUUGAAGUGUGUUUUGGGUCAUUGUCCUGCUGGACGACCCAUGACCACUAAGGGAGACCCAGCUUUCUCACACUGGGACCUACAAUAUGAUGUAAAAUUUGUUGGUAGUCUUCAAACUUCAUAAUGCCAUGCACACGGUCAAGCAGUCCAGUGCCAUAGACAGCAAAUCAACCACAAACACCAGGGAACCGCCGUCAUGUUUGACUGUGGGGACCGUGUUCUUUUCUUGGAAGGCCUCAUUUUUUUCCCCCUGCAAACUCUGCUGAUGCCUUUCCCCAAAAAGCUCUACUUUUGUCUCAUCUGACCAGAGAACAUUCUUCCAAAACAUUUUUGGCUUUUUUUUUUUCUGUGUCGGAAGUGGGGUCUUCCUGGGUAUCCUAUCAUAGUCCCUUUUCAUUCAGACGCCGACGGACAGUACGGGUUGACGCUGUUGUACCCUCGGACUGCAGGACAGCUUGAACUUUGGAUGUUUGUCGAGGUUCUUUAUCCACCAUCCGCACAAUCUUUCGUUGAAAUAUCCCGUCAAUUUUUCUUUUCCGUCCACAUCUAGGGAGGUUAGCCACAGUCCCAUGGGCUUUACACUUAUUGAUGACACUGCGUACGGUAGACACAGGAACAUUCAGGUCUUUGGAGAUGGACUUGUAGGUUUGAGAUUGCCCAUGCUUCCUCACAAUUUUGCCUUUCAAGUCCUCAGACAGUUCUUUGGUCUUUCUUUUCUUCAUGCUCAAUGUGGUACACUCAAGGACACAGGGCAGAGGUUGAGUCAACUUCAAUCCAUUUUAACUGGCUGCAAGUAUGAUUUAGUUAUUGCCCCCAUCUGUUAUGUGCCACAGGUAAGUAACAGGUGCUGUUAAUUACACAAAUUAGAAAGCAUCACAUGAUUUUUCAAAUGUGCUGAUACUUUUGUCGGGCCCCUUUUUGGAGUUUUUUGUAAAAUGAUAAUGAUCCCCCCCCCCCCAUUCUCCUUUGUGUUUUUUCAUUGCAAGCAAAAUAAAUGAAGAUAUUACUACCAAAGCAUUUGUAAUUGCAAUCAAUUUCUGGGAGAAAUUGAGCAUUAUCUGACAGAAUUGCAGGGUUGCCAAUACUUUUGGCCAGCACUGUACUUCCUACAUCCUAGUGGCAAAUGACAGAUAACCACUCUUGAUGUUUGUUCAAAAGAGAGUUGCAGCCCCACGUUUGCGUUGAAGUAACCAUACUUCUCUUUAACCUUGGCUGUGGACUUUUCUAAGUGAUAGCGGAGCGCAUUUUUUUGAGAGGGUUCCCCAUUUGUGUCGGAGGGGUUUUGUAUAUUUUGCACACGAGGAAAGGAACCAAAUGUUACGAACAACAACCCCAAUUACUCGAUGCGGUCUUAAGAAGGGAAAUGCAAUAUACGUGUGUGUGUGUUGAAGUGAGAAAAGUGAUUGUGCGCGUGACGUGUUGUAGUUGUGUAUAACUAAAGCAAGUAACGUCCUCCUCGACCUAUUUUCACCCGUGCAGAAGGUUUCCAUCACAAUAUGUUAGUGUAGAUAUCAGAAUAUAUUCACAUUUAUAUUUUUACAUUGGAUUUUAGUCAUGAAAUAUUGUUGUGUUUCAAAAUAGUCACCCAUGGGGAUGAAUGACGGUGCUGUAGUACAUGAAGAAUAAUUAUGCUUGAAUUUGUAAAAUGCUUACUCGGAUGUGCUUAAAAAAAAAAAGGUUUUUAAAAAAAAUUGCAUGUGACAGGACUAAGUUUCCUUUCCUCUCUAGUCAGUGUUGUCUGUUCAGGGUUUUUUUUUUUGUGUGUGUGUGUCCCUAAACUUUUGAUGUGUAAGUUGUUGUACAUCACAUAGUACCCCGCCAUGCUUUAACUGUUUUCAUUGUUGCACUGUGCAAGAUGUGUGCCUUUAUACUCCGGAAAUUAUUUAAUUUUAUACUUUGUAAUCUUUUUUUUUUUUUCUUAAAUAAAUGUCCAAAUGUUAUUUUGAUAAUACUUUGCCAGCUCUGUAUCCAACCCGCACCCUUCCCAAAUUUCUGUAUGUAUAGAUUUCAUGUUUUGAAUCGUAAAACCUUUGGAAUGAUUGUUUUAAAACCAACUAAAACAAGCUGUGUUCACAAUUGAGAUGGUGGUGAAGUCAUAGUCAUCCUUGAGAUUGUCUGCCUUUUUGCCUGUGUGCAUGUGUGUGGAUGUGCUUUUUAAUGGCAUCUGAUGCCGUCAGACAUCCUCAUUUUGGAUCUUGUGUUUCCUUGCUCCCGCGUGUUUAUGUGGCGCAGUGUGGAUAACUAGAAGUUCGUUUUUUAAAAACCCUUAUAAAAGCGUGUCGAUUGUUGUAAAUUGCUGCUUGUCAGGCAGAAAAGGAGAAUUGUGUAAGAACUAUCUUUUAGUCCGAUUUGGGCCCUGGAGGCUUCUUUUUAAACACAAAUUGAGAGAGUGGUGCAUGCUGGGAGACGGAGUUAUGUUUUUGUAGUUGAUUUCAAUUGUAUUAGUAGUUAACAGAAUGAGGGAAAUGCCAGACUUAAAAUCAUAGGCAGAGUUCGACUUUUGUGUGGGGGUGGGGGGGGCGGCAGCAACUUACAAUAUACAGUAUACUGUAUAUGCCGGAAAACACUCAGGUGACUUGAAGUUCCGCUCUGAGACCCCAAUUUGGCCAAAUUUCAAAAUUAUCCUAUAUCAUAUAUGCAUAUGUGAUCCAUCAUUGGAAAGCCUAAAAUCUCCAUUUUCUGGGGGAAGAAAAAUUUGAACAGGAGGGCAUUUUUUAAUCUUUAAAAAAAAAAAAAUGUACAGCAAAACCCUAACUGGAGGUGAGAGCAUGAGAGCAUAAUUAAAGACACCAUGAUUUUAACGAGAUAUUAUCGCGUACUUACCUCUUUUCGACCCAAAAACUCCAUGUACAGUAGCAUGUAUUACAGAGUGUCAAGACACAGCUGUGAAUGGCCACAGCCGGACAUUUUGGGGAUUUAAUGGGUGAAACACGGUAAUAUAACAAGUGUCGUGAUGCAGAAAUCACAGAUUUUCAUUUUAAUAUAUUUACCCUUUCUCUUUUUUUUUCCUUUUUUUUGUUUGCAUUGAUUAUUUAUCAUCUAAAAUAUUGGGGGAAAUGCGACAGUAACGGAAAAAAUACAAUUAAGCGUUAGUUAUGAGGUAGAUAUCCAUGACUUAUUAACAGACGCAAAAUUUUUCAUCAUGACGUAAUUUGUUUAAAAGUUUAAAAUAUGUGAUUGAAUGAUUUUAUAAAGUUUUUUUUUUAACUAAAUAUUAGACAUCAAUGAUUCUAAGCUAAAAUGAUACACAUUUCGAAUAUUCUUUUUAUGGCUGGGUUGAAACAAAAGCAGUUGUGCGGUACCUGUAAACAGGUCUCCAGGGUAAAACGGACAAAUUAAAAAUAGCUCAAGUUCAAAUACAGUAUUUUAUUUUAAAGACGGGUGCAAGAGCAGAAACUGCUUUUUCAGCCAUGUCUGUGUUUUCCGCCAUACACAUAGGUAGUCCCUGGGUUACGACGUACUCCAGUUACGCGAUUACGACUUAACGAGUCUCGUCCGCCAGUUUUUUUAAGUCUCAUAAACAGUACCUUAUUGUACCUCACAUUAUCUUUUUUUUUUUUUUUUUUAAUUAAUAUUACCUGUUCUGUCCUCACUAAACAUUAAAUUGUUCAGCUUGACAGACAUCGAGCAAGGCAAUUGUGCUAUUUGAAGCUUUUUACUUCCAUCACUUUUCACAAUUUGUAAAGCUGUUGCACACAUAACUAACUACACUUAUGUUCAAAACGACACGCAUGUUAACAAUAAAACACUUGACACAGAACAAUUGUUCAAACGUCCAUCUAGUCUGAUUAAUAUGUAAAUUCAAUAGAUUAAAUUAGCCUAAUUUGCCUCACAAUAGUCCGGUAUCUUAAAUGCUAUGAAUGCUAACGUAAUUACAAUUCUCAUAGCGAAUCGCUCACACAUACCUCCACAAACUGUAGCUGUAAACAUAAUUACAAAUGCAUACACAAACAUAUAUUAGCUGAAACAACUUACACCUUUAUAUGGGCCAAACCAGAGCGCGGCUAUCCUUUAUCCAUAGACGUCUGAGGCCAUGUAUACACCUAGCAGGGUUUUUUAAAACCGAGGAUCCAGCCCUAAUAUGUCCGGAAAGAAUAAUGAUGUUUACACCAGCAUGUUUGGAGGAAAAAAAAAACAGCUUCCACGGCCAACUGAAUUCAUUUGUUGUAAAUUACAUUCAUAACAAUGUGCGAAAAAUAAGUGUCCGUUAUAACCUUUAUCCUUCACCAUGUGUUCUUCAAUAUGAAGCACUGCAAGAGUUUGUAAAUGAAUGAGAGCAAAAAGCAUCUGUCUAAUAAUUAGAUCAAAACGUAAACGAUGUAAACAUUGGUCUCAUUUGUGACGUAGGACCAAAGUUUGUCGCAGUCAGUUAAAUCUUCCAUUAUCAGUGUCCAAAUGAUGGUGCCACAUACGCAGAAUUUACCCAUCUUCACUUUGGACGGAGUUUUUAAGAACCCUAGUUUUCAAUGCGUAAAAUGUGCAUGUGGAUGAUAGGCCAAACCAUAGAAACGUGCUAGCUGCUACAUGGCCCGAGUCUGCUUCUCAGUCAUACAAGGCGACAGUCCAGCCAGACCCAACGCUGCCACCAGAGGUCAGUGUAUCCACCAUCAUUAAACAAAAUACUAUACUUUUGGAUUGUUAUUUUGUAGUGGUACUUAAUGGGUUAAUUUUGACUUACAUGAAAAUGUGGGUUACGUCGCUAGUGUAGGAAUGGAACUAUUUCGUAACCCAGGACUACCUUUAUUUAUCUGUAUACAUCUUGACACGAUUCCUGUUCAAGCUCAGUUGUUGAAGAUUUUGAAAGCUUAGGUUUAAAGAAAUUCUAAAUAUCCAUCUUGCCUCCUCAGGUGGUUUUGGCUAAGCAAAAGACCGUCCCUAAGGUGCUAGUCACAUGAUCUGUUCGAAAAAAUAAUUUUGACCCAUUUAGAUAUAACUUGUAGGACUGGUGUGCUAAGCAGGCACCAUUGACUCGCGCUAGCUUAGCCACUCCGCAGCCCUGAAACGAACAAAUACCUAACAAAAUGCACGGAUUAAUUAAACCUAAGCUAACUCAAGAUUCAGCAUUGUAUCAAAAAUUCUGAACUUCCCCUUUAAUUUAUUUAAAGCAAUAUCAUUUACAUGCAUUGACAUUUGUCGGCCACCGGGGCGCACUGCCCCUUCUGCCCUCCUCAAUCUCCGCCUAUGCUUACAUUUUGGGGGCGGGGUCUUGUAAACUUGUAAAUCCUCUCGGCUGCCUUUGACACCUUGCCAAAAGCAUUUUUCAGAAAAUGUAAUAUCACGUGAAAUUAGAGGACCUCAUGUUUCAAAUGCUCAUUUGGUAUAUUCUUACACGGUAUGUGAGGAAAUGAACAGACUCGUAUGCACAUAAAUAAAUAACAAAGUCAGGCAAGAGAAAAAUUAAAAAUGUUUUGUUUUUGUUUUUUUUGGCGUUAGGAUUUCAAAUUAAAUAAAAGCAACUUCACCAACAAACAAACAGGCCCGGGCUUUACACUUUUAUUAUUUGUUGAUGCAUUGUAUGUAUGUGGUUGUGUGUGUGAAUUUGAUCGGUGCUGUCAAUGGUUUGUGAAAGUUCAGUGGCUUCACGCCCCCUUUAAAAACUGUUUAUUGUUCUUAACAUGAAGUGAUGAUAAUACAAUCUGCAUUCCAUAAGCUUUCACUCAAACCAAUUAAAGCACUUGUUCUGCUUGACUAAAAACUGUGAAGGUUUUGUUUUUGAUUCCUGUUUAUUUCACUCCCUUUGAACACGUGAACUUUAAAGUACAUAAACAUUAGGCUAGUGCGUAUUCGUCAUUCAGCUAUUAAUGCACGUAAGCAGUGUAUUUUUCAUUUAAUAAUUUUAUUUGUUCGUGUAGACUUCAACCAAAUGAGAGACUAGAACGUGUAAACAUGUAAGAACUGCACUCCAGUAUGCUGAGAGGAUGGCAGCCAUUUUGACUGUCAAAUGGACUGUCACAUGCAUUGAAAUCGACGAUUUUUUUUUUUUUAACAUAUAUAUAUAUAUAUAUAAUUUUAGAGCGUUGUUAGGAGCCAUAACCAAUAUGUUUUUUUAGCAAGAUUUUAUUCAUGAAAAGAAAUGUAUGUAAUUGAAAUUUGACAUUUUGGAUCAUAUAAUAAACGUCAAAAUUGUGGCCUGUAUACGACCAAAAUGUGACAUGGACGCCUGGUCUUUAUGGGGUUGGUGUUUUUUUUUUUUUUUUUUUAAUUAAAUAACCCUAAAUGAUAUAUAGUUACUUGCACCUAUAGAGCUUCAAACAUUACGAAAAGGAAUAUACCCCCCACCCCCCAAAAAAUCCCUUAUUUCUGAUGUUUAAAAAUUUUUAGGAGCACGGCAUAAUUUGACUUCCCCUAAAAUGCUCACGAAAUGGUAUGCCCCUGCUCAAAGCAGGUGUUCAGCCGGGUUUAAUUUCUUGAAGGGAAAUGGUGAUAGUGACAGCGUAUAAAUUGCCGUCCUCACGAAAUAGAAAUACGUUUUUUUUUAAUGUACAGAAAUGAAAGCGCCAGAAAAAAAAUAGUAAGUUAAUUAAUUUUGUUAAGAAUUGUGCGUGUCGAUUGUGAGUGAAAGAUUAAUUGUUCAAACGGUCUCAUCGAUUGAGAAAAACGUUUGCUUUCAAAUUAGUCAUGUUGUUAGUAGUGUCCUGACUUAAUGGCUUUAUAUGCUCUUAGGUUUGUUUUUGGUUGUUGUUUUUUUUAUUUUGUGGGGGGUGCAUUGUAUACAAUUUACUCCUCGUAUAUUAAUUGUGUUGAAUUCUGUAUGACUAGUUUUUUGGAAUCACGUAUGCACUGAACAAUGU